AUGGAUUUUGUUCUCGGUCUUCCGCGAACACAGCGUGGUGUGGAUUCUAUUUUUGUUAUUGUUGAUAGGUUUUCGAAGAUGACGCAUUUUAUUCCUUGCAGGAAAACACAUGAUGCCAACAAUAUUGCUCAACUAUUCUUUCGCAAGGUAGUUCGUCUCCAUGGUGUGCCAAAGUCUAUAGUUUCCAAUUGCAAUAGCAAGUUUCUGAGUUAUUUUUGGAAGUCUCUUUGGAAGCGGCUGGAUACAACUUUACAGUAUAGUACUACUUGUCAUCCCCAAACCGAUGGUCAAACACAGGCAGUGAAUCGUACAUUGGGAAAUAUUUUGCGGAAUUUGGUUCCUCGUCCCAAGCUUCCAGGAAUGAGUAUCAUUGCUGAUCAUAUGGUGGAAAAGGUGGCCAACAUUCAUGCAGAUGUUCGAAAGAAAUUGGAAGAAUCAGCUGCGAAGUAUAAAGUCGCCACAGAUGUACAUCGACGAGUGAAGACUUUUGAAGUUGGUGAUAUGAUAAUGAUCAAUGAUAAUGCUUAUGUGGUGGAUCUUCUAGAAGAUUUAGCCAUCUCCAAAACUUUCAAUGUCCAAGACUUAUUUGCGUAUCAUACGACUCCAGAUAUCCCAAUUCCUCUAGUUAACUCGAGGACGAGUUCUUUCAAAGAAGGAGAGACUGAUGCAGAACAGGUUCAAGUUCGAAGGAAAAUUAAUUAA